AUGAAUGCCGGAUCAGAGCAAAAAGGAAAGUCGGUGAAAAGAAUAUUGACGGGAAAUGGAACCGAUCGUAUAUCAAAGAGCAGUGGGAAGAACUUCUUACCUCCCUGGAUGCAUAGUUUGAAAAAUGUUUCUUCCAAAAUCCUAAAGACAUCGGGACAGGGGAUUUGUAGCGCAAGCUUGUGGAUUCAAAGAUCACCUGGCUAUCUUGCGAUAUUGCAUGGAUUCUCGAGGAACUAACUCCCGAAGAAACAAUCACUUUGGAAAUGCCGCAACAGUUGUUGUGCAAGCUUCGAAGAUGGAGUCGUAAGGCGUGGCCAGAAGACCAACUUCGACGCAAUUCGAGCAACUCUAAUGGGUACUACGACCACUUACUCCUCCUGCUUUUAAAGUCAAACCAACCGAGCACACUUGCAAAAAGUCUGGAGAGCAGACUCUUUGGCCUCCUUCGCGAUCUGAACCUCUCUUUUAAUCGAUUGCACAACGAUGUUUAUCAUAAUUUACUUGCCCAGGGAUGUGCUUUUCGAAGGUUUGCUGCUGCUUUCGAGGACAUA